AGAGACCAGCAAGGGCAGUGGCAGAAAUAUGUUGGUUUGAGGCACUUUGGGCAGUGGGUAGUCUAUCCCAUGACUUUGGUUGUGGGCUCCACAGUUGUCUGAAGUGCCCCAGUCUGCUGUGUAGAUUUCGAUCAGCCUCUUAAAAUUUCAGGCACUGUCUUAAUGGUAAGGUAGUGUAUAUCCUCCUCCCCUGUUUCCUCCCUGUUUUCCAUUGCUUUCCCUUCCUCUUAAUUGAAAGGGUUGAAGUGGUCUUUCCUUUGGGCAAAGUACAUAAAAGAGGUACUUAGUAACCCUCCUUGUGCCAGAAAUCCCUGCCACCUCUUGAUUUGGAGCACUGGACAUAAUACAGGGAUAUCAGAGACACUAAAGUAGACCCAGGCUAGUGGCUUAACAUCUGUUAUAAAAUUUCUGUCUGCUUCUAUUAAAUCCCUGUGGGAGGAAGGAGAGGGUCGGAAGAAUUUCCUAAAAUUCCAGGCGUUGAUUUUUAGCAAUGUGUAUGCUUGAAGCAAAUUUGGAUUUAACAGUUUAGUGUGUGUGGGAUUUUUGUGUUUUGUGGUUUUUUUUUUUUCAUGGAGUUAAAUCUAUUAAGGGUCAUAUUUCUGCUGACUGAACUGUCUGGUGCUAUUACUUGUUUGAUGGAGAACCUAUUUUGACUUUUCUUUUCUGUACUCUUUUAAUCAAAGGGUAGCCUCUGAGGGUAAGUGACUAAGACUUCUCCUCUGCUGUCCAAGCGCUUUGGUGCAGGGAUAGCUGCCGUCUUCAGUCAAUCCAAUGCAGGCUCUCCAGAGAAGGCUGGCUCUAGACAGGUGGUAUAUACGAUAGUAUAGUAACUGGCCGACUGCUGCUUGUGGUUAUCUUUGACUUUUUUUUCUUGUUCAUUUUUUUGUUGUGCUUUGACAAUUGUAUUUAUUAGAUUUUAUAACUGUCUUAACUUAAAUUUUGUCACUUUAAAGCUGCUGUACCUGUAUAUUAAAGGUGUGCUACCUUUUUCUUUGCAAAAUUAAGGGGUGGGGUGGGGUGCUAAAAAGUGACAGACUGGGGGUCUGUCCAGAUUGGUAGUUGUAGCCUAUGGGUCUGUGUGUCUUGGCUCAGCUCUACAUUUCUAAAAAUUCCUCAGUUGCACUUUUUCCAGCAACAGCUAUAGUUUAAUAAAAGGUACACACCUUUAAACGUUGACAUACUUUCUUAAACAUUGUAAAUUCCAAGUACAGCAACAAGUAAAAAUAUUCAGUAUUCUUAUUUUUUAAAUGUUCUUAAUUGUUUUGUAUUUUAGGACUUUUAUUAUAAGUUAUGGAACGGAAUUGGGCACAUUUAUUGUUUGUGGCUGUUUUGAUUAAUCACUGUAGCUAAAAUGUUUAAAAUCAUGUUUGCUGGCAAAAAAUGAUAGGUUUUACUGACCAACAAAUGUACAGUUAUGUGGGAUUUUCCAAAGUCUAAUCUAAUGGUGACCAUAUUUUGUUGUUUAUUAUUGCUUAGAGCACUACCUUUUGUAGUCAUAUAGAGUGCUUUCCUUGAUUAUAAUUUUAACAACUUAAUGUAAUUCUUUUAAAAACUUAUGGGUGGGUAGAGAUCACAGUAUGGGGUGGUCUGGUCCAUGAAUGAUGCUGAACAUGGGGGAAUUGCUGGCUAUGCUUUGAAAACUCUCUAGAGUUAAAAAUCAUAACUUAAAGCAAGUUCUGAUCUCCUGGGGUCAAGUCUUAACCUCUCUCACCAAACUUGAUCUACAGCCAGAUGCCCAAGUUCUGAUUUUAGUAUAUCAAAUUUUAAGUGCCUUUCUCUGAAGGAAUAACGAUGAAAAUGUAGUAAAUUAAUAUUUUGCAUUCUGUUUAGACACAAACCUUUUGUACUUUGAUAAUUUUUAAAUUGCCAUAUAGUUUUUAAAUGUGUUUUUACUGACUGUGAAACUUCCAGUAUUUUAUUGCCAUUGUCUGAUUCUGUGAAUGUUCAUUUUAAGACUCCUUGUUGAAAUGGGACAAUUUGGAAACGAUUCUUUGAUAAACCUGCGAAGAGGAUUUCCCUUUGGGUAUUGAGCCUUCCUCUGCAUGAUGUUCCCAUAUACCCGAAUUACGCACAAGGGCGUUUUUCCCCAUCAAAAUGGAUUCUGUUCCGGAUGCUGUGAAUCAGUCCGUCAUGGGAAAUGGACAGGUUGAAAAACAAAACCAAACCAAAAAAGCAAACAUUUUUCUGGUGCAAAGGAACUGCAGGGAAGAGGAUGGCUAAUCUCAGAAGAACUCCAGAAAGGACCAGUGCUCAGCUGAUGGCUUGAGUUUGCAUGCUUCUCUGCACUACGGAGAUUGAGCAUAAAUUCCUUUAAUUGAAUACUUUUAACCACUAUGGAACUAUAUGAAUGAUAGUCUCCGAACAGAUGUCUUUGUCAGGUUCCAGCCAGAGAGCAUUGCCUGUGCGUGUAUCUAUCUUGCUGCUAGGACAUUAGAGAUUCCUCUUCCUAAUCGUCCCCAUUGGUUUCUAUUGUUUGGAGCAUCUGAGGAAGAGAUACAAGAAAUCUGCUUUAAAAUUUUAUUGCUCUAUACUCGGAAAAAGGUCGAUCUGACAUAUUUGGAAAGUGAAGUUGAAAAGAAAAAGCAUGCCCUAGAAGAGGCAAAAGCCCAAGCUAAAGGCCUGCUUGCAGAUGGGACCCCUAUUUCAGACAACACAUCGGGCUUUUCCCCUGUUCCUAAAAUAGAAUCCCCCAAAGAAAGCAAAGGAAAUAAACCUUCUCCACUUUCUGUGCAAGCGAUGAAGAAUGCCAAAAGAAAAAUGGAGGGUGCUAAGAGGGCCAAAUCCAACAGUCCAGUGAAUGGCUUGCCAAAAGGCAGAGAAAGUAGAAGCCGCAGUGGAAGUCGGGACCAGAGCUACUCAAGAUCACAGUCCAGAUCAGCAUCUCCUAAGAGGAGGAAAAGUGAAAGCUGUUCAACUUCCAGUGGUUCAAAGUCCCAGAGCCGCUCGCGGAGUCGCAGUGAUUCUCCCCCAAGACAGGCCAACCAUGGAGGUUCUUACAAGGGCUCCAAGAUCAGGACCUACAAAAAAUCAAAGGACUAUAAGUAUGCAGCCCAGAAACCUCGGAAGUCUCGGAGCCGGAGCUCGUCACGUUCUAGAAGUCGGUCCAGGGAACGUUCAGAUAAUUCUGGGAAAUACAAGAAGAAGAGUCAUUACUACAGGGAUCAGAGGCGGGAACGUUCUCGGUCUUAUGAGCGAACUGGCCAUCGCUAUGAGCGAGAACAUCCUGGACACAGCAGGCACAGGAGAUGAGGCCUGGAGGGUCAUCAGCAGCUGUGCUUCCUUCUCCCUUUGGAUGCAGACAGGACCUCUGCUCCCUUCUUUCUUGUAGUCUGGCUGGGUUGGUGUCUGACGACCAUCAUCUCUGCUUUAUUUGUUCCUCAACUUGUUAAGCAUGAAUUCAAAGGGAAAUGGUCAUUUAAUGAACAUGGUCAUAAGACUGAAGAUAGAAUCAGGUAGACAGCUUGGUUCCCCCAACAACUGUCUAGUUGGGCAUCCAGGCCUUCCUUGGAAGGUGGCUGCGGGUCUAUCCCUGUAGCAAGUGUUAGUACUGAUACAGAUGGAUGGACAGCCACAACCCUCGAGGGAAUUGAGAGUGGGCCUCUUCCUUAUUCCACUCCCAACCUGAACAGCCCUUCUGAAUGGAGCUGGAAGAAAGCUCAAAUGUUUAUUUAAACUGUUGGUGUAGCUUGGUGCUAACUACAAGCUGUCUGUCCUCCCUUCUCCCGUCCCCCCCAUACAGAAACUCAAUUACGUUAAACCAAGAAAAGUGAUUUUUAGAACUUCUGCCUAUAUUAGGUUGUAUUUGUGUAUAUAUUUUGCAGUGUUUAACAGUACAAUAUGGUAAUAUGGCCUUACUAGGUACCCUUACACUUUAUCCACAUUGUAAAUAAACAUGUGUUUAAUACAAGUUAAAGCUAUUAUACUGAAAAUUUGGAACUUGAAUUCUGUCAACUUAAAACUUGUGUAGAGAAUUCUGAUUUAAAAUGUGAAGUAUUUAGAUCUGUGUAUUGAAAGUAGUCUAUUUUUAUCUGUGCAAUGCUGAGUGCAGGACACCGGCUCAUGAAUAGAGAAGUUUCAUAUAUAUGCAUUUUAUGUGGUUUAAAAAAACACAACUCUCUACUCAGGAUAUUUGAAACUUUGAAGAAUUCGUAGUUUGUCUUUCUGCUUGCUUGUUAAAACAGAAGAUGUAAGAAAUGAGUCCACAGCCAGCAGUAUCAGUUUUAGUGGUAUAUCUGAGCUGUUUCUUUCCCUGCUCCCCAAUUUCAUUAAAGUAUUUGAUUUUGUAUUUA